AUGGAGGCCAGAUCCAGGGUUGAACACGGUCCCAUUGACAAUCCUAAUUUAGUUCAUCAUAACGUGCUCUCCGGUUUUUGCCAGCCUAUUAUUGCGAAAGGUUUUCUCCCAUAUUGUCCAGAAGUUGAAGCCGCAGUGCUGCUAACAUCAUGGUUCACCGUUUCGGGUCACGGUCGCAUCGCGGUUUCGGUUGAGGGAAAGAUAGCAAUACGCGAACAAAAAACUGAAGGAGAUGUAGUAGCAGAAGCAGGUGCCUUCGGGACCGUCAUGCUAGUUCCCAAUCUCGAUGGCUUCAGUUCCCUUUACCCAUUGCCAGCAUCUCUUGUGAAUCUGGGAACAAAUGGGAGUAGUGGAAUUUCAAAGUACAUGAAUUCAACCAGCCCGACCUUGCUGCACCGGGAGUUGAUAUUCCUCCUUCGAAAGUACCAGGUGACAAAAGAAUUGUUGCAUUCAACUUCCUAUCUGGAACUUCCAUGCAUGUCCUCAUGCCACCGGUGCCGCUGCAUAUGUCGAAACCUUUCAUCCACUAUGGUCUCCUGCAGCUAUAAAAUCUGCUUUGAUGACAACAGCCAAUCCAAAUAUCCAAUGGGUGUUAAUGAUAGUAAUAAUCAAAAUGGAUUAGCAUUUGGAGCCGGCAACAUCAAUCCAUUGAAGGCCAUUGACCCUGGCUUGGUUUAAGAUGCAACCGUAUUAGAUUACAUAAGUUUUCUCUGUGAAAUUCGCUACGAUGCAUCGAAGUUGAAACACAUAACCGGUGACAACAUCACUUGUGCCCAAAACCAAUCAAGUACUGAUCUCAAUUUGCCUAGUUUAUCUGUUCCUGUACCACCAUCUACACCCAUCAGUGUUGAGUUAUAUAGAACAGUAAAGAACGUCGGUUCGUCCCAGUCAAAAUACAUAGCAAAAGUGGUGGCUCCCCCGGCUCUCAAUACCCAAGUUGAACCUGAAACUUUAAUAUUCACAGCAGCUGGGGAGAGAGACAGUUUUUUAAGGUGAAGGUUGCGGCAAUGGUAGAAACGAACACUUCUUUAUCUGGUUCCCUGUCUUGGGACGAUGGAGCACAUCUCGUAAGGAGCCCUGUUGUUGCAUUUGCUUUGUAUUUGGGUCCAUGAAGCACUAGCUAGGCAUUUUCAUAUCUUGUUUUUAGUUGCUU